AUGGGGAAGUUGCACGGGAACAACCUCGGAUCCGUGGUACUGGACCACCCGACUCCCGGCGGAGGGCGUCAGUUUAAGAUUUGGUCAGCCUCAUUCCGCCGCAUUAUAGUGGACACAGUUCGGUGCGGGACGCGGCAGCAUCAUAAGCACAACAACAUUGGCAAAUUAACCAUCCAAGAGUCCAAGCCCGAGCCCGACAUUGAUCUCACUGCAGUCACAACACUGAGAUCUGAGUUGAGUAAAGGUAGUACUAGCGACGGUAGGACUGAGACUAAGUAUCCAGCAAACACACCGCCCUCCGGAUCAGACAAGUUAUCAGACCUUCUGAAGUUAUCGGAAAAGGAAAACGAACCGGACGAGGAGGAGGCGGAGGCGGUGAAGAGGAAAGUGGAGGCACUGGAGGAAUUGAAGACAGUGGUGAAGAAUCUCCAAAAUAGCAGUAGCAGUGGCAGCAGCCAACAACUCGAGGAAAAUGAAAACCACGGCUUCUUAGCUCCAGAUAUUCGCGUGUUGGAGGCAGCCAAGGAGGUCAGCAGGCUCGCUAAAGGCGAUUCUCAAGCCAAAACCACUCUUGCUUUGCUCGGAGCAAUCCCCCCGCUCGUGGCUUUGCUAGACGCCCCCCCUGCCUUCGGAUGUCUGCCCCCGCUCGUAAUUUGUUUCAACAGUUAG